ACCAUAGCUCCUCUUCAGCCCAGCCAUAAACCUGCCUCUGGUGCUUAUAACCCUCAGGCCGAGGCGAUUGAGAGCCUAGGAGCUGGACGGCCUGAAGAUCUUUCCAGAAACAGAAAAACUCCACUCGUGCCUGGCGUCGAGACUGUGAUUGACUUGGUCAAAAAGCCUGGCAAAGACCUCGGUUUCUCCAUUGUUGGCGGGCAGGAUACUGUACUCGGAAAUAUAAGGAUCCAUGAAGUACACGAGAAUAGUUUGGCCGCACUUGAUGGGAGGCUUUGGGCUGGCGACCGCCUAUUAGCGGUCAACGGCGUUGAUAUACGCAAAGCUGAUCACGAGACUGCGACCAGGAUCAUUCGCUCUGCUGAAGACCACGUUCGUCUCAAGGUGCUACGUGACCCUAAGCCACUCACUGAAGAUGAUUUGCUCGAGGUUUUUGAGGUUUCUCUGGAUCGCAAAGCUGGCCGCGUACUAGGUUUGUCACUGGUUGAUCGGCCAAGUGGUAUUGCUGCUCCAGGAACGAUCAUCAGCGAUGUGGUUAGUAAUCCUUAG